AUGUCUACGGACCUGGUCGAUGAACGGAGCAGUCGGGUCUCGGGACCUGUCUUCAAAGUUCGUCUCACUCUUUCACUUAUGCAGACCGGGGAGUGCUAUGGGAACUUACUGGAAUGUCAUUUCGUCCAGUUGACGUUAUUCCGUCGACUACUGAUUGAUGACUUCCUCAUUAUCCUUGCAUGGGUCAUUAUCUUCGCAGCAGCAACAAUCUGGCAAGUUGAACGCAAGGUUCUCUAUGAGCUAUAUACGAUCACAGCUGGGCGUGAGGCUUUCGAGCCCGCUUUUCUGCCCCGAUACAACGAGUUCAUCAGCAAGAUUAAAAGUCUUUGGAUCUGGUGGUUCGUCAUUGUAUCUUGUACUGCGGCUGUCUACAUCGCGUCGGUCGGCGGCAUCGAAUACAAAUGCAGCUUCGGAGGAAUCGAAUACAUUAUCGGCAAGAGACUAUAA